AUGUCCCCACGCUCAGAAACUUUCGAUGCUGAUUUGGCCUCAGCCCCCCAGCCAUCGACAACACAGCCCUUCCAUUAUGACCCACUCAUGGAACCCAAGAGUGAGAUCCGGCUUCUUCGAAUCCUCCCGAAGAAUUAUCUCCCCAAAACGCCAGGAAAAGGCCAGAAUCAUAGCGACGAGGACUGCAUUGCCAGGGGUACUGAUGGUUCUGCUGGCUCCAUACUGGAGAGUUUGACUUUGACCUAUGCGCAUACCAAUGUAGACAUGGGAGCUGCCGAAGUCUAUUGCGAAGUAUUUCACGUGACCAUGGAUCAAGCUCCGCCAUACCAGGCCCUGUCAUACACAUGGGGAAGUCCGGUUGACCCUCAACAUCCUAUCUUUUUGAAUGGCCAAACCAUCUCCGUGCGAAAAACUCUAUGGCUCGCACUGAAGGAAUUCCACACCCAGCCGAAACCAGUCAUCAUAUGGAUCGAUGCACUCUGCAUCAAUCAAGCAGAUGAAGUUGAGCGCAAUGAACAGGUUGCGAAGAUGAAGACCAUCUACGAACAAGCCACACUAGUUGUCCUCUGGCUCGGUCCAAGUUACGAGAACAGUCAUCUUGCAUUCGACCUCAUGCAGGAGAUGUACGAUUGUCGAGACAAUGUGCAACGAAUUGCUCAUAUAUUUUCGCACGAUGAAACGAGGCAGUCAGUAUUGGCACUUUCCGCCCUCUUCAGUCGCGAUUAUUGGAUGCGCAUGUGGAUUCUUCAGGAACUAGUCAGCGCCAAACAUAUUUGUUUACAAUGCGGCCGUGACACAUUGAAAGCAGAAGCUUUUGACGAAACACAAAGACUAUUCAGAGCAAUGGCAAUCGGAGAUUCGGGCUUCGAGUGCAAUCAUUUAUUCAAUCUGCUGCCUCGCAUGGCCACUCUUGGAUUGCUGUUGGGAUACCGGGGUCUAAAUGAUAUCAGACUGUUCCAAAAAGCAUUCGCAGCAAAAGAUCUCAGCUUUUUCCAGUGCCUGCGAUUUAAUUGGAUGCGCAUAGCUACGGAUCCUAGAGACAUGAUAUACGGCGCUGCUGCCCUUGCAAAUUCCAGGAGCAAAUAUCAGAUCAACGUCGAUUACUCUCUGAGCACAGCGGAAAUAUACCAUGACCUCGCAAAGAAAGAGUUCCAGCAUUGCACAACACUAGAGAUUCUUACGACGGCUCGAUGCGGCUCGAAACUUCCUGGUCUUCCUUCGUGGGUGCCAGACUGGUCACGAGGAAAUAGCCAUGAAUGUUUGUGGGAUAUCAGUACCCCAAACUACCGCUAUUCGGCUGCAGGGUCAAGUAUUGGUGAUGUCCGGGUCGAUGAUCUUGGAGAUGCCUUGAUAUUGAAGGGUGUUGUAGUGGGGAAAGUCGAGAGCGUCGGUGAGAGCCCCGCAAUGAAGGACAUGAAUGAUCUAGACAAUGCGAAGUGUGCAUUUUUGAGUUGGUGGGCUCUCCUAGGCACAACUGGUAACCGCGGACCACAGCAACAGGAACGCUUUGGUCGGACCCUGAUAUGUGACAAACUCGUAGAUCGACUCAACCAUGGUUGGAAAAGUAGAGAAGAUAUUUGUAGAUCCGUGGUGGGGAGAUUUGGCGACUCACUCUUUGACAGCCUGUCGAAAAAGAAGAUUGAUUCGGAGCUUGCAAGUGCUCGUUCUUGGAUGUUGCAACAAUAUCGAGAAGUCUGCGAAUCCCAAGGUUUUAGCUCUGGAGAGGAUGCUAUGAGACAUGUGACCAAAUCUUGGAUACACAAAUCGUCAGCAAUUAUCAGGGGUCGCCGCUUCUUUCUCGGAACCUCCAACAUCAUGGGUCUAGCAAUUGAAGGCGUUGAAACAGGCGACAUUAUCUGCGUUCCUCUCGGAUGUCCUCAGCCAAUGAUUUUUCGAAAAGUCGACAACCACUUCGUCGUCAUUGGAGAAGCAUAUGUUGAUGGAUACAUGUACGGAAAGGCUAUGGAGAUGUUAGAGAAUGGGGAGUUAGAGUUGGAGACUUUUGAGCUGCAUUGA